UAAUUAUGUCGUUUGAACUUGAAGCGGCUAAACAGUGUCGUUUGACUCGAAGUUGUUAAAAAAUGGACACGCGCCAAAAAUAUACCAUAAAAAGCAGCGCUUGCUUUUGCUUCUAUGGCGAUGGCGGUUCGCUCAGUUUUUAGUUUGAGAAGUGAAGUAAGCAAUCAAAAAUGGGUUUCUCAAAUCAGUAGAAAUUUCUCAAUGUUCUUCAAGUCCUCACGCUCUUCGCCAGUCCGUAGCCUCACUGAAUCUUCCAUGAAAAGCACAAAUAAUAAUAAUAAUAAUUCCAAUCUUAAAAAUCAAAUUUUGAGAGUCAAACUCCCGGGAUUAACCCCAAUCUCUAUACUUCAAAAUUGGAUCGAUAAGGGCAACAAGGUCAAAGUUUCACAGCUCAGAUACAUCUCUCAAUUGCUCUUCAAAUCUAAGCGUUACAACCACGCCCUCGAGAUAUUUAAAUGGAUGGAAACACAGAAGGGUUUUCGCAUGUCGGUAUCCGAUUACGCAAUGAAAUUAGAAUUAAUUAUGAAUGUGCAAGGCUUAAAUGAGGCUGAAGAGUAUUUUAAUAAUUUACGGCAUGAUCCCGCAACACGAAAAGCUGCCUCCUUAGCUCUACUUCGUGGUUAUGUUAAAGAUAGAGACAUUGUUAAAGCUGAGGCUCUUAUGAAGAACUUGAAUGAGCUAGGAUUGGUUGUGAAUUGCCAUCCGUUUAAUGAGAUUAUGAAGCUUUAUAUAGCUACUUCGCAGUAUGAGAAAGUGUUGCUUGUGAUCGAACAAAUGAAGCGGAAUAAAAUUCCGUUAGAUGUUCUUUCGUAUAAUCUUUGGAUGAGUUCGUUUGGUGAGAUGCGAGAGGUUGGUAAAGUGGAGUUGGUUUAUAAGGAAAUGGCUAAUGAUGAAAAUGUUCAAGUUGGAUGGAGUACUUUGUCUACUUUGGCUAAUGUUUAUUUGAAAGAAGGUUUAGUUGAUAAAGCUCUUGUAGCGCUUAAUUUUGCGGAGAAGAAGCUGUCUACUAGUAAUAGGCUCGGUUAUAUAUUCCUUAUUACGCAGUAUUCGUCCUUGAAGAAUAAUGUUGGAGUUCGGCGGGUUUGGGAAGCCAGUAAAGGAGUUGGUGGGAGAAUAAGCUGUGCCGACUAUAUAUGUGUGUUGUCGUGCUUGGUAAAGAUAGGUGAGGUUGCAGAAGCCGAGAAAGUGUUUAAAGAAUGGGAGUCUAAUUGUAGGAAGUAUGAUAUUAGAGUUUCCAAUGUUCUUCUCGGUGCAUAUGUUAGGAAGGGACUGAUACACAAAGCCCAGUCACUUCAUGAACAUACGCUGGAGAGGGGUGGCUGCCCAAAUUAUAAAACAUGGGAGAUUCUGAUGGAGGGGUAUGUCAAGAGUCAAAUGAUGGACAAAGCCAUCACUGCCAUGAAGCAGGCAUUGGCCAUGUUGAAACAGUGUCAUUGGAGACCAUCACAUGGUAUUCUUAUGGCUAUUGCAGAGCACUUGGAGAGGAACAGGAAUUUUGAAGAUGCAAAUCACUUUAUUCGGGUUAUUCAUCACUAUGGUCUUGCAAAUUUGCCACUGUACAAACUAAUGCUUAGGAUGCACCUCCAUGCUCAGAGAGAAAUUGCAAACAUUGUUAAGAUGAUGGAGAAGGAUAAGAUUGAGAUGGAUGAUGAGACGUCUGCCCUUAUUCAAGGCUUUUACUCAUCCUGUUAAUUAGUUAGAUAUACUUGCCAUCGUAGCAGAUUCCAGCAGAGACUAGCGGACGGCAAUGUUUAUGUUUCAAUCAUGAUUAUCAGCUAAUUAUUCCUCGUACAAAUGAUCUCUAGAGGCAAAAGCAGUGUUCUGGACAUUAAGCAAAGGAAGAUCUUUCACCCACAAUAUCAAAUGCAGUUUGAGCAAUGUGCCAGCAAUGUCCUGAAUGCUGCUUUUGCCUCUGAAGGAAUCACCUCCCCUGGAGACCAUCUUCUAGAUUCUUCAUGUAAGUUUAUGUCUAGAAGGAGGGGGAGAAAGGUAACAAAUAACGAUGGCCAAAUCCAACAUGUUAAGUUGAGAUCAUGAUCCAUGGCAACAAUUAGCAACCCAUGCCAGCUUAACAACUGAAAAAUUAAUCUGGAUAUCUACACUGUUAAUGUUAAGUGUACUAACAAAGCCAUCAGUACAGAGUCAGAGCGUCAAGUAUGAUGGCAAAGAUGCCAGUACAUGUAUUUUCGUAACAACUGCAGAAUCCUAAACAGAUAUGGUAACUUUUUUGAAUUAACAACUAUAUGUGAUGUAUUAGUAGCUUCAUACAUUGCACAUGAUUUAUUUCCAUAUCAUGUUUUGUGUAUUGAAAACCACAAGGGAAGUGUAGAUAUAACUGCUGACCAGGGCUUCAAGUUGAAUGCAGCAGUCAAUAUCUUGUGAAAACCCCUGUUGUGCUCUAGCAGUUUUUCUGAUGGAGGCACACAAUCUUUUACAGUGGGAAGUUCCAGGCAAACCAAGUGUUGAGCGCAGGCAUAGUCUCUGCAUCAAUCAGCUGCACAGCAACUACUCGAGCCCAUUUUCUAAUCCAUCCUGCAGCAAUGUCCCCAUAGUUUACUUUUGUACCUCCACAGAAUUCCUUUCCAUAUAAACAGGACUGUAUCUUCAUGUAAAAGGAUAUGAUUUUUUUGUAAACAGGAUUGUAUCUUCAUGUAAAAGGAUAAGAAUUUUUUGUAAACAGGAUUGUAUUGCAGAAGCAAAGAGUCUUGUUUGAAGAUUCUCUUCAAUA